AUGCCGUUGUAUAAAAAACCCGACUGUAAUUUUUCCCUCUUCCCUCACAGCUCCUCGACCUUGCCUUUACAUGACGACGCCCGAGUUGGAGGCGAUACGGGGCCACAGCUCCGCGGCCUCCUUGCCGACGGGGCCGGUGAUGGCGGAGCCCUUCAUCUCGCCCUUGGGGUUGACGAUGACGCCGGCAUUGUCCUCAAAGUAGAGGAAGACACCGUCGAAGCGCUUCCAGGGCUUGGCCUGGCGGACAAUGACGGCGGGGUGGACCUUCUUGCGGAGCUCGGGCUUGCCCUUCUUGACGGUCGCGACAACCAUGUCGCCGACGCCGCCGGCGGGCAGACGGUUCAGGCGGGCACCGAUACCCUUGACGGCGAUGAUGUAGAGGUUGCGGGCACCCGAGUUGUCGGCGCAGUUCAUGACGGCACCGCUGCGAGCUGUGUGUUAGCGCAUUGUGGGUUAUAUUUCGCGUUGUGCGCUUGGCGGAGGGGUCGUCGGCGAGGGGUGGGCGGCAACGUACACAGGGAGACCCAGGGUCAUCUUGAGCUUGCCACCGGGGGCACCACGGCUGCACGCAGUCUGUUAGUACUUCUAGAUCGCAGGUAUGAGGUUUUGCGUCGCCGCGCUGCUCUGCUCGCAAGACUGCUUCGAUACGACGUCGGCGGAAACUGGUUCGAGACGAAUGGUGACGCAAAUUCGAUACGGCGGCGUAAAACGACAUCUGGAAAUUCGAUUGCAGCGACACAGUGCAUCCGUCGUCCUGUUUUCCAUGGUUGCAGCCAUAUCCGAGCACAAGUCGUAAUUUUCGCUGACCCAGCCCAUUCGUCGUCGUAUCCGGCUAACCUCAAAAUGUCGCCAGCAGCUUGUCGUCCAGAUCUCCUCCUCUUGCACAUCGUUUGUUUCGCUUUUGCAUGUAUUGUCGAGGCAGAGAGCAGCCGCGGGUCGAGAGAGAACUUACGAGAUCUUGGCCAUUGUGAAGGGUUGUGUGUGGCGUUAAUUCGUGAGGGAGAAACUGCCGUGUCUGGGAUUGCGGUCGUGAUCGAAAGCUUCCAGGGCCAUUCGGGCGAAAAUUUCCUGUGGGGUGAGAAACCCUAUGUGGAAGCGAGUGAACUUGCACGUGACGAUAAGCCGCUUAUCCAACCCUGCGUGGGGCGACUUUAG